GAGCACAUGACUUUUCAGUUGUCAAUUGUGUAGCGCCGGAGCUGGUCCAUGAUUUCAUAAUUCUUCUGGUACUUCUGACUAAAAAUGACUUUAUAUCACUUUGGGAAUUGUGUGGCUCUUGUGUAUGUCCCAUAUUAUCUGACGUAUAAGUAUUCCGGACUGUCAGAAUACGGCGCCUUUUGGAAAUGCAUUCAAGCCGGCGGAAUUUACAUUUUCACGCAACUCUGUAAAAUGCUGGUACUAGCAACAUUUUUCGACACAGAAAAUGUAGCCGCUGCAGGGGAAUUCAACAUCAUAUCGGAAUUUCUACGUAGCACCGUGGAUGUCGCGGAUUUACUCGGCCUAAUCUUCAUUUUAUCACGGAUUCCGGGUAAGGGACAUAGCAAACUGAUUACUGCAGGCCUAGGUUGGGCUGCCGCCGAAGUUAUUUUAUCACGAGGCAUAAUGUUGUGGGUAGGUGCACGAGGAGCAGAAUUCAGCUGGGUUUAUAUACAAAAAUGUUUGGAAUCCAACAUUUCUCUGGUUCAGCAUAUUACCACUGCGACUUUACUAUGGCUUUUUACGAGGCAUGAUUUGAAUAAAAAAUUCAAACCAUUUGUUACGCUUCUUCUCAUUGCAACUAUUUUUAAAAGUGUUUGGGUGGAUGGCAUUUUGAAUAUUCUUGCUAUAGGCCCCUGGGCAACGUUAGGUUUUAAGGCAUUAGUUGCUAGUAUAUUUGGUUUCCUUGCACUUCAUAUUUAUGCAGGCCUUGCUCAAGUUAUAGGCAUCUAGUUCAUAUUUUUCUAAGAAAAAAAAAAAGAAUGUAGAAAAUUGUACGUAAUUAAUAUUAUUUCCAAAUAUGAGAAAAAAACACAAUUAUAUCGGAGAAUAAAAUUAAGCCAAUUUUCGACAA